GCCUCGGUGGUCGUUCGCAUCCAUUUCUAUCCUCUUCACACUGUCGGCGCAUUCAGCGCAGUCGAGUCACGAACGAAAGCGUUCUCUCUUCUUCCCGUUUUUAUUUUCACUUCCAACUCUUUUUUAAGUUUCUCUUAGUGUCUCAAACAAAGUUUACGUACUCCAACAACUCACAACACGUUGUUCUUCACGACAAACGUCGGUGCUCGUAAUCGAUAGCUGUUUGGAAUUAUCAUGCGAAAAUAGUGACGAUGCUCCCGGUCGGCCGACGUACUCGACCACUUUGGAUGUUCCAGUGAAAUUUUUCGCAUCAUAACAUUCCCUUCCGGCGAUAAAAACAAAAAACAAAAAACAAGGAAGACGCACAGACACACAAACAAUUGUUCUCUCUUCCAAGAAAAACGCGAAUAUUAUGAUGGAUUUCGAGAAGACGGCAAAUUCCGAGAAUUGCGCCGUGAUGGAUGACGGACCAGCUGAUGGUACCCCAGAUUCGCCAAUUGAUUUGAGCCAACUGUCUACCAGGUGCCGUAGCGUCGACCUCACCAACCGCUCCGUAUCCGAAAGCUGUUUGGCACCUGCGGCGGCCGUUGCCGCUAAAAAGCGGAGGAUCCACGGAUUUAAAGAUCCUCUUCCGCCGCCGGCUCUGGCCGAGCACAGCGCUGCCGAUUCGCUGAAAUAUCGAUCCAUGUCUCACGCCGACAUUGCCGGCUACAGGACGCCCUGGUUGUCGGGUGAUUUGCAAGAAUCGAAACCUGCCAAACUGUCCGUCGCUGCGGAGACAUCGACUGCCACCACCUCGUCCGCCUCUUCAGCCGCCGAGACGUUAAAAUUCCGCUGCAUGAGCGAAUCACGGCUGGCCAGAUCGGCCAACACGACCUUUCAUCCGGCCACGCACGCGGGGAACAGCCCGUCGUCUAGAAAGAAUUUUACGAGCAAUUCGGACCUUCUCCGAACGGCCACUGAUAACAGUCAACUGGAAUUCCUUUUGCGACGGACAGCCUCUGAAUCUAUCCUUCCAUCCAGCCGGUCAGGGGAACCUGCUGGGUCGGCGGCCAUGGAGAUGUUGAUGCGACAGCAGCAAAUGAUUCAGCAUCACUAUCAGCAGUUACUGAUUCAGCAACAGCAUGAUGGAAGCGAGCCAGGUAGUUCCAGUAGUUCGUCUUCGUCAUCUUACCUGUCGUCGGCAUCACCUUGGCUCCUUGGGCUCUUCGGCUACGGGUAUACGCAGAUGCUGCAGUCUUUCCAAGCUGCCCAGCAGCAACAGAUUGCCACGGAUCCAGCAACCGGUUCCGGACAGAUUUCGGCUGGACCGAGCUCGCCGGCUGUUGCGGCAUCCAUCAGUGGAUCAGACGGUGAAGGCGAAAUGGAAGAGGAAGAUAUGGAUGCUAGUGGAUUCUCACACGGCAAGAAGCGCUCACCUCGAGCUCUAACGGGCAAACAUGUCCGACUGGGCACUGGAGCCAGUCCGACCACCUUGCACACCUUAAGGCUCAAAAUCCAAGAGCGCCAACGUAUGAAGCUCGUCAAGAAAUCUCUUCCGUCUGGGUCGGCUUUCGCGUCCGCCGCCGCCAAUAAGAAGAAUGGAACAAAACUCAAGAGCCGGGCCAAGUAAAAAUUUGCGACCAACGUGAACCGUACGUCAGCGGGGAGUUGCGAAGAUGUUUCGGAAAUUCAGGGUGAAAACAUGUGGCGUUUUAUUUCCAAUAUUUAUCGAGUCGAAAAAAGAAAAUUAUGGAAUCGAAAUCCAGUAUGGCGUUCCGCCAUAUCUCGAGUCUUCCGGAUCAAAGUGGCCAAUUUAUUAUUAUAUCUCUUUGUUGUAUCCUCCUUGUUUUGUUUUUUUAUUUUUUUUUAUUAUAGUCCGGAAUUAAUGGCUUUUCACAAUUUCGAUUUUUUUUUUCCAUGAGAAAAAAUUUAGACCCUUAAUGAAGAACCCAGUCAUUCCAGCUCAGUCUACGACAAAAAAACAGAAAACUUGUGUUGAUAAAAAAAAAAAAAAAACAAGAAAAACAAGUUGAAUCAACCAAUCAAAAAAUCUCUUACUUUUUAUUUUUUUUUUUGCUUGUUCUGUUUAAUUUAAAAAAAAAAAAAAGACGGACUAUCCAGUGAACGAUAUCGUACUUUUUGUUUUGAAUUUCUUUUUCGUGAAAAAUUGCCUCAGGAUGUCCAAAAGAGAAGUUUUUAAGAGCCCGCCGAUCUCAUUUUUUUUUUUCGAUCCCGUUGAAUCAUUCGAUUCCUCCAAUAUGAUUCGGCCAUUUAUCUCUUGUAUAACCCCACCCGUAUUCUGUAAAACAAAACAUUGUGGAUCAUUUUUCUUAAAAUAUUUUUCCCUAUUUUUUUUUCGGCUCAUCUGCAAAAUUUCGCAUCGAAAAAGUGCGCCAUCCGGCACUUGCGGACCAAACAAAAAACCUAAAAAAAAAAAAAGAAAGAGAAUUCUGAAUUGUUUUUGCGUGUGUAUGUGUUGCGUUCCCACAUAAACUGUGUGUGUGUGUAAAGAAAAUUACUGCGCCUCAUGUUAUUUUCCAUUUGUCACGCUGGCGUUGCUAUAACUGUGUGUUCAACUAUCAAUAAGCGAUUGGGAAAUGUUUGUACAGAAUUCUGCGCCAUGAAUACAUUUCCAUCUGUUCCUUUUAAAUAAAAAAAAAAAGAAAGAGAGAA